AUGAAGUUCCCACACCGUAUUAUGAAAAAAUCACCAAAUCAUAAUGAAGUUCCCACACCGUAUUAUGAAAAAUCACCAAAUCAUAAUGAAGUUCCCACACCAUAUUAUGAAAAAUCACCAAAUCAUAAUGAAGUUCCCACACCGUAUUAUGAAAAAUCACCAAAUCAUAAUGAAGUUCCCACACCGUAUUAUGAAAAAUCACCAAAUCAUAAUAAAGUUCCCACACUAUAUUAUGAAAAAUCACCAAAUCAUAAUGAAGUUCCCACACCGUAUUAUGAAAAAUCACCAAAUCAUAAUGAAGUUCCCACACCAUAUUAUGAAAAAUCACAAAAUCAUAAUGAAGUUCCCACACUAUAUUAUGAAAAAUCACAAAAUCAUAAUGAAGUUCCCACACCGUAUUAUGAAAAAUCACCAAAUCAUAAUGAAGUUCCCACACCGUAUUAUGAAAAAUCACCUAAUCAUAAUGAAGUUCCCACACUAUAUCAUGAAAAAUCACCAAAUCAUAAUGAAGUUCCCACACCGUAUUAUGAAAAAUCACAAAAUCAUAAUGAAGUUCCCACACCGUAUUAUGAAAAAUCACCAAAUCAUAAUGAAGUUCCCACACCAUAUUAUGAAAAAUCACCAAAUCAUAAUGAAGUUCCCACACCAUAUUAUGAAAAAUCACCAAAUCAUAAUGAAGUUCCCACACUAUAUUAUGAAAAAUCACCUAAUCAUAAUGAAGUUCCCACACCAUAUUAUGAAAAAUCACCUAAUCAUCAUGAAAUACCCACAGGAUAUAAUGCAAAAAAACACCUCAUCAUAAUGAAGAAAGUCAAACCACAUCAUACAAUGCAAAAGUACCCCACCAUAAUGAAAUACCCACAGCAAAUAAUGUAA